AAAGUCAUUUUAUUAUUUCACAAUUAUCAGAUUACCUCUACUAUUAGAUUUUAAUACUAAAAUAUUUUAUCAAUAUGGAAUAACUCUUCCAUUUAUUAAUCCUGUCACUCUCCAACCAACAACCAUGAUGAAAACCGCCAAAAAAGUAAAAGUAAAAUAUUACUACUACUUGCUAGUAUUAGCCAUCAAUCAUAUUGAGAAGCAAAACGACAAAACGUAACGCCUUAUUAUGAUAUUAGUGAUGGAACCACACAAUUUGAAGUCAAUUUGUGUUUUAAAAUCUACAUGGCCAACGGAGUCGACAACAUCUCCGACGCCGAGACCCCGUUUCUCGGCGACGUCGUUGAAGGCUCCGUUGACUAUAAGGGUAACCCGGUGACCCGAUCCAAAUCCGGUGGAUGGAGAUCCGCAUCUUUCAUCAUAGGCGUGGAGGUUGCAGAGAGAUUUGCAUAUUAUGGGAUAAGUUCAAACCUAAUAAGCUACCUAACGGGGCCACUAGGCCAGUCAGUUGCCAUGGCAGCGGAGAAUGUAAAUGCUUGGAGUGGAACGGCAUCGCUUCUUCCACUUUUGGGUGCAUUUAUUGCUGAUUCAUAUCUUGGUCGGUAUCGGACCAUUAUGAUCUCCUCUUUGCUCUACAUUCUGGGACUUAGCUUCUUGACGCUUUCAACUGUCCUCCCUUUCAAUAAUACUGACUGCCAAGAUACUGCAACAUGUUCUCCUCCCAAGUUCCAAAUUAUUUUCUUCUUCUUUUCUUUGUAUCUAGUAGCUAUUGGACAGGGAGGGCACAAGCCUUGUGUACAAGCUUUUGGAGCGGACCAAUUUGAUGCUCAAGACCCAGAGGAAAGUAAAGCUAAAAGCUCAUUCUUCAAUUGGUGGUAUUUUGGAAUGUGUGGUGGGCUAUUGGUAACCCUCUGGAUAUUGAACUACAUUCAAGAUAACCUUAGCUGGGGUCUGGGAUUUGGAAUUCCCUGUAUUGUCAUGGGUCUCGCGCUUGUUGUGUUCUUGCUCGGAAGCUUCACUUAUCGGUUUUGCCAAAACAGUGAUGAAAAGAACCCAUUUCUUAGAAUUGGUAAUGUGUUUGUUAAUGCAGCUAGGAAUUGGAAAAUAACCGCUUCAGCUAUAUCAGCGGAACAAGAAGUUCAGGGUAUUCUGCCUCGUGAAGGUUCUGAACAAUUCAAGUUCCUCAACAAAGCGUUGGUUGCACCCGAUGGUUCCCAGGAGGAUGGGAAAAAUUGUAGUAUCAGCGAGGUUGAAGAGGCUAAGGCUGUUCUUAGGUUGAUUCCGAUAUGGACAACUUGUUUGGUGUAUGCUAUUGUGUUUUCACAGUCGUCCACUUUAUUCACCAAGCAAGGUGCAACUUUGGACAGAUAUCUUGGUUCAAAUUUUGAAGUACCAGCUGCCUCAUUACAAUCUUUCAUUAGCCUCUCUGUUGUCGUUUUUAUUCCUAUAUAUGACCGUAUUUUGGUUCCCGUUGCAAGAGCUAUAACUAGGAAACCAUCAGGCAUAACGAUGCUCCAAAGAAUUGGAACUGGGAUUUUCUUGUCUAUACUUUCAAUGGUGAUUGCAGCUAUAGUCGAGAAGAAACGUCUCCAAACUGCUAUAGAACAUGGGCUGGUUGACAUGCCAAAGGCAACAGUUCCCAUGAGCAUUUGUUGGUUAAUACCUCAGUAUCUACUAUUUGGUAUUUCCGAUGUAUUCACCAUGGUUGGUCUGCAGGAGUUCUUCUACGAUCAGGUACCAGUCGAGUUGAAAAGUAUAGGUCUUUCUCUCUACCUCAGCAUUUUUGGCAUAGGGAGCUUCUUGAGCAGUCUUCUUAUCUCUGUUACCGAGAACAUCACGGGGAAAGAUGGUCAGACCAGUUGGUUUUCAGAUAACUUGAAUCGGGCACAUCUGGAUUACUUCUAUUGGGUUCUUGCUGUACUUAGUACUAUCGCGUUCACCGCGUACAUCUAUUUUUCAAGAUCUUAUUUAUACAAUAAGUCAAGUUCUCUCUAAGAUGUAUGGUGUACUUGUGUAGGAUAACUUAAGCUUGGAGAAGUCGAUGGUGCAACAGUUUAAAGGUAUUCUCUGUGCUUAGUGUAGUGAUAUUCUUGUCAAAGAACACCUUAUGCUGGUAGAAGGCAUAUCUGCAUAAACUGCAGGCUUUAGGUGUUUGUGUUAUUAUUGUUGGAUACUCGAUAUAAUUAUGCAAUUGUUCGUUGAUCGUA